UGUCAAAUGUAGAUAAUAAUAAAAAUUUGUUAUUUUGAAAUUUUAAAUUGAUAGAGAAAAAGAAGAUAUUUGUGUAAUGGACGUACCGAUGAUAAUGAUAAUAAAUGAUAACAUUCAUCAUAAAACUAACAGAUAUGAUUCAAUUAAUUUCUCAUCAAAUAUAAAAAUAAAUAUUACUCCAUCAACCUAUUUAAUUAUUAAAUUCACAAUGUAGGUAUGUUUAUCAAAAUUUUUUAUCUUAUCUCGUUUCUACUAUUCUGCUCGAUGCCCGAUGCCGAUGCCUUCAGAAAGUGUUCGAAAUCGAAACGAGAGGUGCGCACGUAGUUAUUUGCACGAAAAGUUUUAACUAUGAGGGAAAUUGUACAUGUACAGGCUGGACAAUGUGGAAAUCAGAUUGGGUGCAAAUUUUGGGAAGUGAUCUCCGACGAGCACGGUAUUCAACCUGACGGCAAAUAUGCAGGCGACUCUCCUCUUCAGUUGGAGAGAAUCAAUGUAUACUACACCGAAGCCUCCGGUGGAAAUUAUGUACCUAGAGCGGUAUUGGUUGAUUUGGAACCAGGAACCAUGGAUUCGGCCAGAUCAGGUCCCUACGGUGAACUAUUCCGACCAGACAACUUCGUAUUCGGACAAUCUGGAGCUGGUAAUAACUGGGCGAAAGGUCAUUAUACAGAAGGUGCCGAACUCGUUGAUUCUGUUAUGGAUGUUAUUAGAAAAGAAUCUGAAGGAUGCGACUGCUUACAAGGAUUCCAGCUGACACAUUCUCUUGGUGGUGGUACGGGUUCUGGAAUGGGGACACUCCUGAUAGCGAAAAUACGUGAAGAAUUUCCCGACAGGAUUAUGAGCACUUUCUCUGUAGUGCCAUCGCCUAAGGUGUCAGAUACCGUAGUGGAACCAUACAAUGCUACUCUCUCCGUCCACCAGCUUAUCGAAAAUACAGAUGAAACUUUUUGCAUAGAUAACGAAGCACUGUACGACAUUGGUAUUAGAACUUUGAAAAUUCCUGCCCCAUCUUAUGGAGAUCUUAAUUAUUUGGUUUCACUUACAAUGUCAGGUGUAACCACAUGCUUGAGAUUCCCAGGUCAACUUAACGCUGAUCUACGUAAGUUGGCUGUGAACAUGGUACCUUUCCCUAGACUGCAUUUCUUUGUACCUGGAUUUGCACCUCUCACUCCAAAAGCUAGCCAACAAUAUAGAGCUGUAUCAGUUUCUGAAAUCACCCAACAAAUGUUCGACGCCAAAAACAUGAUGGCCGCUUGUGACCCAAGAAAUGGCAGGUAUCUUACAGUAGCGACGAUCCUGAGAGGUAGAAUGUCGAUGAAAGAGGUAGACGAACAAAUGUUAAGCAUUCAAAACAAGAACAGUAGCUAUUUCGUAGAAUGGAUACCUAACAAUGUCAAAGUUGCUGUGUGUGACAUACCUCCAAGAGGCCUUAAAAUGUCUGGUACCUUUAUUGGAAACUCAACGGCUAUACAAGAAUUGUUCAAACGUAUUUCAGAACAGUUUUCUGCUAUGUUCCGUAGAAAAGCUUUCGUGCACUGGUACACAGGAGAAGGAAUGGAUGAAAUGGAGUUUACUGAAGCCGAAUCAAACAUGAAUGACCUCAUUUCCGAAUACCAACAGUAUGAAAAUGCAUCUAUAGAUGAUGACGCUGAUUUUGACGAUGAUCAAGAUGAGGAAGAAAUACCUGAAGAAAAUUGAUUUUUUAAAGAAUUUACAAAAUGUU